AUGGUUGGAGCUAAGAAAAGGUCAGUGGGGGAAACAAGUGUUGCAAGUGUUGCUCUCACGGUCAAGGGCCAGGAUGGCAAUGAGGUCUUUUUCAGAAUAAAACGCAGCGCCAGGUUACAGAAGCUCCUGAUGGCUUACUGUGAGAGGAAACAAUUAGACUACAGAUCCAUGGAGUUUCUGUUCAAUGGCGAGCGCAUUCCUACAAGACAAUCCCCUGAUGACCUUAAAUUGGAGGAUGGUGAUCAAAUUGAUGCUAUGAAGCACCACACUGGAGGUGGCUACGGACGCCUCUGA